CUACAGACUAAAAUUAGUGAAUCAACCACAAGACUGAUGUUGGGAUACUGAUCAACUAAAUGAAACAAGAUUGAAAUCAUAAAACGGAAGCACGGCCGCCUGGAGCCGCCCCAAGGGGAAUCAUAUCAGGUAACAAAGGCCAGCAAAAUUUAGCUCGAUUCAGAAACAGAAUAAGGCUUACUUGUGUCCUUGCUAUUUUACUUGGCAGAGAAGAACUCAAGAAAAAAUGUGAUCACCUUCCUGCUGCAAAGACUGAAUUUAAAUUGAUAAGUCUUAGAAAAUACACAACAACAAUACACCUGAACCCAGCAGGAUGAAACCUCAGUGAAUGAAUAAUUCUGAUAAUUGAUUGUGCACUGGAUAUACUAAGAAAACAAUUAUAAUGCACCAACUAAAAAAAUAAACUGAUAGCUUACUUAAUUAAUAGGUUCAAACUGGCUCCUAACCACACACAUGAGUCUGAAUAAGAUACAUCAGUGUUGUUAUUCUUUCAGGAAUGAAUAAGCAUGGGUGCUGCCUAUGUGACACCCUAAUUAAGUGUUCAUGACUAAAAUGAAAAACAGAAAAAGACACAUACUGAAACCUGAAAAUGACACCUACUGUGGACUGAAGCAAAUUACACCUACUGGAACCAGAAACUGACGCCGCUCUUUGUUAAGAAACUGAAACCUGAAGAACUUGGGUACAAAUACUACACUUGGUCCUUGAUGCCAAUGUAUAGCUAAGAUGAACUUCCAGCGAUCAGUUUUCAGAAAAAAAAAGAGACACCGGAGACAGCAAAAAAGAAGACCGAAGAAACACUAGAAUGAACUGAGGAUAUUACUGAUGCUCUCUGAACAUUGACUGAUGAAUCAGCUAUCUGAACAUUGACUGAUACUAAUGAACAUGCUACAGAAUUUAGACUAACAGAAGAUGUGACGACGAUCUGAACAAUUACUAAAACUGAAAUACUGAAACUGAAGAGAGAACACACACUGAUCAACUAAAUGAAAAAUUAAUGAAAAGAGAGCCAAAGAUUUUGGAAGCUGCAUUUCAGAGUGACUGAAAAAAUGAACAAAUGAAAGCUGAAAGACUGAAAAUAAAGAAAAGACCCAACACUGAACAACAAUGAAAAAGUACACUGACUAAUGAAGUACACUCAUAACUGAAAAAAAAACUGUUUGAAGGCUGAUAUAUAACUAAAAUCUCAGGACUGAAUGACUAAAGAAUGAUGUAAGCUUGAAGAAUGAGAAACAUACUGAACAUUUACUAAACUGAUGGAUUCCCAUUUACUAAACUGAUGAAUAGCGUGGAUGGGUGCCUGCAAAAAAAAACUCAGGAGCGUUCCUGAUGAACUAAGAGAGAUCCGCCGACCUCCUCUCCAGACUAACAUCUCCCGUACCUGCGGCCAUCCCUGUGAAGCACACCUCCUGGAUUCAAGCGCUACCUCUCACCCGAAAAGCCCAACAAUAAAAAAGCACGACAAGAUGACCCGGUAUGCGGAGACUGAGGACAAACCAACGCACAGAGAUUCGUGCGAAUCCGACUGACAGAAAAAUGGCCUGAGAUGAAUUUAAAAACAGACACCUGGAAAAUAGUAAAACUGUAAUUAUAAACCGCCUAAUUAACUAUAAAUCGUUGCUAACGCGCUCAUAGUGAAACGAAAGGGAUGACAACAACACGCUCAAUUGAUUAUAAGCCGUUGCUAACCCAAACUAGAAUAAUCACACCAAGACUUUAUUUUAUUCUCUUGAGUGCGGUACAUGGGAACACAUGCCCGGGACGUUGGCAACUACUACUAUUUUUUUAUUCAAUCACACAGGAAAACGCGCUGGAUGUUCCUACCUAAUCAUGAAGUCAGCCAAGCCGUGGAUGUUCCGGAGCAGCGGUGGCCCUUCUCUCACCCCUCUCUACCACAUAGUACCACCGACAGAACUUGUUGAAUCCAUGGCUACUCCUGCCUCAGGGUGUCCAUGGCUCCAUCUCCUCGCCAUCCUGCUUCUUCUCCCUUCCAUGUUCGGUGAGGCAAAGACCGCAGCACGGCGAGGCACUUGGUUCACAGCCCAGACAGCAGCGCUGCUCCGAUGGAAAUCCAGCCUGACAAGCGUCAGCAGCGGUUCAGCCUUGAGCACCUGGAGCCCCGGCGUCCACCCCUGCAACUGGACGGGCAUCACCUGCCGCCGUGCAGCCCAAGGCCCGGCCAUCACUGGGAUCUCCCUCCCAGGAGCUGGCCUUGCCGGGCGGCUGGACGUGCUCAACUUGCAGCCCCUGUCCUUGCUCACCAGCCUUGACAUCAGCAACAACUUCCACCUCUCAGGGCGGAUUCCACCAACCGUCGGCAUGCUCCCCAUGCUUUCCAUGCUCAACUUCUCUGGUAACCAGCUCACUGGAGGCAUACCUCCGGCCAUCGGUGAGCUGGGGAGCCUCACCGUGAUGGACCUCUCCUUCAAUGGCCUCUCAGGUACCAUUCCUGCAAACAUUGGCAGGCUUCAGUCCUUGCAAAGUCUCCGGUUAUACCAUAACAACUUAACUGGAAUUAUUCCUCCUUCCCUCACCAACCUAACUUUGCUCAGAGAUUUAAGUCUGUUCACAAACCAUCUUACUGGUUCAAUCCCCGUAGAGCUCGGGAAACUCGCUGCUUUGGAGGAGCUAGACUUGGCUGAUAACUAUCUAACUGGUACUAUUCCGAGCAGCAUUGGAAACCUUACUAAACUAGGCUACUUAGGACUGUCCCAAAACUUACUUAUUGGUUCCAUUCCUCACGAGAUGACACACCUUAAUAAUCUUACCAUGCUCAUGAUAUCACACAAUCAAUUCACGUCCACUAUCCCUGCAUCAAUCACAAACUUAACCAAGUUGCAACUGCUAGGAGCCAGCAGGAGCAACUUAAGUGGCCACCUUCCUGAACAAAUAGGAUCACUCACUGAUCUUCGUGAGGUCUACCUUUUCGGUAAUAAACUUACCGGGAGCAUUCCUUUGAGUCUCGGAAAUUUGACGAUGCUCACAUAUCUGUACCUUUACGAGAACAACUUGUCUGGGUUCAUUCCUUAUGUGCUAGGGAAUCUUGCUAACCUUCAGGAGCUUAGCCUCUCCUCCAAUGCUUUAGAUGGUGAUCUGCCAUCUAGCAUAGGAAACAUGACUUCCCUCACCUCCCUUCGCCUUCAAAACAAUAGCUUUUCUGGCACAAUCCCAGCUGAGCUAGGCAAUCUAGAGAAUUUAGUGAAUCUUUACCUCUACUUCAACAAGUUCUCUGGCUCAGUCCCUCCAAGCUUUGGAAACUUCAGGGAAAUGACAGAUUUGAGGCUGUCGGGUAAUAGACUGUCUGGACCUUUGCCUCACACACUUUCAAACCUCACCAAUUUGGUGGACAUUGAGUUGAGUUACAACAAUCUCAGCGGACACGUGCCUGACUUAUGCCAGGGCAAAAAACUCCAAUGGUUUUCCGCAACUACCAACCAAUUUAGUGGAUCCUUUCCAGGAAGUUUCAAGCACUGCAGCUCCUUAAUCAUCCUUGACAUCAUGUAUAAUCAGAUGGAUGGAGAUAUAGCACAACAGCUUGGGGUGUACCCACAUCUGAAAUUUGUUGGGUUAACUUCAAACAAACUGCACGGUCAGCUUUCAACAGACUGGGGUUCAUGCGGUAACUUGACAGAACUGCGUUUAGGAGGAAACAUGAUUACUGGUCAUAUACCUCGUGAGCUCACAAAGCUAACCAAACUCAGAAAACUCGACCUCCAUUUGAAUAGGUUGACAGGGGAGAUACCUCCUGAAAUUGGCAAACUAGUCAACCUAUAUUUGCUAGAUUUAAGCCAAAAUAAUCUAUCUGGAAGCAUUCCUCAACACAUUGGUCGAAUGGAUGUUCUUGAGGUUCUCGACCUGUCAAGCAAUCAAUUAGGUGGAAGAAUACCAGAAGAAGUUGGGAAAUGUGUGAGACUACAGUCCAUGAAACUGAACAACAACAGCUUAAACGGCAGCCUUCCUGGUUCCAUAGGCAAACUGAUUCACCUACAGACAACACUUGAUGUCAGCCAUAACAACCUACAUGGCGCCAUUCCUCCAGAAAUAGGAAAUCUAGAUAUGUUGGUAAGCAUAAACCUCUCCCACAAUCAAUUCAGUGGAAGCAUUCCUAACACGGUAGCAGGACUCCGAAGCAUGUCCGUAUUUGAUGUCUCCUACAAUAGAUUACAAGGCACAGUUCCGGGAAGGAUCCAUAAUUCCUCGGCAGAAUGGUUUCUUCACAAUAGAGGUCUCUGCGGGGAGCUGGCUGGCCUUCCGUCUUGUCAUUCUUCUGCUGCAAAUCAUCAGAAAAAGGACCAAAUCCUCAUGUUAAAAGUGGGUGUCCCUGUUUUUGUUGCUAUUACUUGUAUAGCUGCAUGCAUCUUCUUCACUUUGAUUUUGAGGAAGAAAUCCUCUUCUAGAGAAAGUGCCAUUGUAAAGAGUGCGGACCUCUUCUCUAUAUGGAACUUCGAUGGUAAAAUAGCUUUUGAGGAUAUCAUCAAUGCAACGGAUAAUUUUGAUGAAAAACACUGCAUUGGAGAAGGAGGAUUUGGUAAUGUCUACAAGGUGAAUCUCCCAGAUGGACAAGUGGUUGCAGUGAAGAAGCUUCAUCCAAUUGAGGAAGGGAUGCAUGAUGAGCAAUGCUUUCGUCGUGAGAUUGAAGUACUAACAAAAGUCCGUCAGCGCAGCAUUGUCAAGCUGUAUGGAUUCUGUUCCCAUACGCAGUACAGGUUCCUGGUUUGCCAAUACAUAGAAAGGGGGAGUCUAGCCUCAAUCCUGAGCAACAGCGACCAAGCAAUCCAAUUUGAUUGGCAGAAAAGAGCAACUCUCAUCAAGGAUGUUGUGCAAGCUAUUUCCUACCUACACCAUGGUUGUGAUCCACCUAUAAUCCAUCGGGACAUAACAAGUAGCAACAUUUUGCUAGAUUCUGAAUACAAGGCCUUUGUCUCGGACUUUGGCACGGCAAGGAUAUUGAAGCCUGAUUCAUCGAACUGGACCGCGCUGGCAGGGACAUAUGGCUACAUCGCACCUGAACUUUCUUACACGCCCUUGGUCACCGAGAAAUGCGAUGUCUACAGCCUCGGCGUUGUGAUGCUGGAGGUGCUGAUGGGGAAGCAUCCAGGAGAAUUCCUAAACAGACCUGCAGCUGCGCAAGAACAAGACAUGAUACUUCAAGAGCAUCUCGACCACCGUCUUCCCAUGCCCAAGACCGACGAGGCGCAGGAUAUCAAUCGGCUAAUAUCGGUGGCGUUUCAGUGCCUACAAGAUUCCCCUCAUGAGAGGCCAGACACGCAGCAGAUCCAUCGAGCUCUCAGUGUAUGACUGGAUCCUGAUUCCCUGAGUUGCAUACAGUGUAGUCACAUACUAGUACAGUAGCACUGAACAUGCUCGGCCGAGCGAAUCUUCUAGUCUUGAUGAUUAAUAAGCUGCAAAUAUGGUCACAAAAGAUUGAUGCAUUGCAUUGUUAUAUGGUCGGAAUCA